GUGUUUACAAGAUCAAAUAGUUUAAUUUCUGCCAGCCCUCAUAAAAGCAUCAGCUCUGAGUCGGAGGGAGAGCGACAGUUCAAUCUCAAUGACAAUGGCAUUCCAACAGCAACGCAAGCUUUAAUGACAAUGUAUCGACGGAGGUCACCUGAGGAGUUCAACCCCAAGCUGGCUAAAGAGUUCUUGAAGGAACAGGCCUGGAAGAUUCACUUUGCUGAAUAUGGCCAAGGAGUCUGUAUGUAUCGUACAGAGAAAACCAGAGACCUUGUGCUGAAGGGCAUUCCAGAAAGCAUGAGAGGGGAACUUUGGCUGCUAUUUUCAGGAGCCAUUAAUGAAAUGGCCACUCAUCCUGGCUAUUAUGAGGACCUAGUGGAGAAAUCGAUGGGGAAGUAUAAUCUUGCUACAGAGGAGAUAGAAAGGGAUCUGCACCGCUCCCUACCAGAACACCCUGCAUUCCAGAAUGAGAUGGGUAUUGCUGCUCUAAGGAGAGUCUUGACAGCUUAUGCUUUUAGAAAUCCAAACAUAGGAUAUUGUCAGGCUAUGAAUAUCGUCACUUCAGUACUCCUCCUUUAUGCAAAAGAGGAGGAAGCUUUCUGGCUGCUGGUGGCUCUGUGUGAACGUAUGCUGCCUGACUACUACAACACAAGAGUUGUCGGAGCAUUGGUGGAUCAGGGUGUCUUUGAAGAGUUGGCUUGUGACUAUGUUCCCCAGCUUUAUGACUGCAUGCAGGACUUGGGUGUAAUAUCCACCAUUUCCUUGUCCUGGUUCCUCACUCUCUUCCUCAGUGUAAUGCCAUUUGAAAGUGCAGUGGUGGUUGUGGAUUGUUUCUUCUGUGAAGGAAUAAAGGUGAUAUUUCAAUUAGCACUCGCUGUCCUCGAUGCUAAUGUAGACAAGCUGCUUAGCUGUAAAGAUGAUGGAGAAGCCAUGACAGUCUUGGGAAGAUAUUUGGACAGCGUAACUAAUAAGGGCAGCACUCUUCCGCCCAUUCCUCAUCUUCAUUCACUGCUCAGUGAUGAUGUAGAGCCUUAUCCUGAGGUGGAUAUCUUCAGACUAAUCAGGUCUUCCUAUGAGAAAUUUGGAAGUAUCCGAGCAGAUUUAAUUGAACAAAUGAGAUUCAAACAAAGGCUGAAAGUUAUCCAAACCCUUGAAGAUACUACAAAGCGCAAUGUGGUACGGACUAUUGUGACAGAGACUUCUUUUACUAUCGAUGAACUGGAGGAACUGUAUGCUCUUUUCAAGGUAAAGCUAAGUGAAGAUACGAUCAUGUGCCUGCAGGAAAUGCAGAUGUUUAUUUUUGAUAUGGGACUGUGUCUUUUCUAAAGACCAGGUUGAGUCUAAGAGUUACUUACUGUCAGGUAUUUUAAUACAAACUUGAAUUAGCUGCUGUAUUAUUGAAUAUACCAAAAAACCCCGAAACAACUAGUUUUUAAAAGCUCUGGAAAUAAGUAAUUCACUAAGUGAUUUGUCCAUGGAA